UUGGACUUCAGCAAGCUAGCGAAUGGCAACGCCAGACAAAAACAGGUUCAGCGUACUUCUGCCGGAUAGAGAGACAACAACCAGACCUGUGCGGUGGGAACAUCCUUUAUAAUCUCAUAAUUAUUAGCACUAUUAGUUCCAGCAGGUGGGGCUUCGGCACGGUUGUCUCCCAUUAACGUUAGCCACCGAAACAUGCUCAUUGCUCGGAGUGUGACGCCUGUUUUUUUUCUGGCUGCCGCUGGUCGGGGGUUGUGAUGCGAACCGAGUUGCAGCACAACAGAGGGUGAGACAAGAGCUACAGCCGGGAAAUAUUUUCUUUUGACACAGAAGAAUGGACUUUGUCGAGGAGAAACAGCCGGGCUCACGUCAAGAAGCGGGCACGCGACCGUUCACGGGCCUGGACGUCAUUGUUGGGCAACAACUUUAGCAAGCCAGCUAACAUUAGCUCGUUCAAAUUCAUGCAAAUCAAUCGGUUUGGUGUCGGGCAUUAAGCUCACUCUGUUAGCGUAAUGGAGGCACCCUGAGUGGCUUGUUCAUUUCAAUUGACUGUCCUGGUCCUCUUAAAUACUGCUGGCAAUGUGCUGACGACCAGUGAGCAUUUCCUCGGGUCCCUCUUGGAGUGAAAGGACACGGUUGGCAGAAAUUAUUAAGUGAAGGUUGCCUGCCAAGGUAAUAGUUGAACAAAGUUGCCUGUUUUGGCAAAUUAAGAAUUACUGAAACAGGAUAAAUUUUACAGUAAGCACAUAUUUCUUGUAUUUGUAUUUGUGUGAAACUGCACUUUAAUUGGCUAAUUAUAAGGAAGCACCAAAGUCACCUGUGAUUUGGGGUUUAGGAAACUAUCACCCCAAGUUCAACACUUGUCCGAUUGCACUUGAAUGUAAUUUGAUCAGGAUAGGUGCACACUUACAUACAUUGUGAGACAAAGGACAUAGACAGACUUAUCUGUGUCAGUUGGUUCCUAGUUACUGUUUAACCUACUGUUAUCUAGGCUGUCUGGCACAGUUCAAGACUGAGUUUCACUGGACAUGAAAACAUGAAUAUCGAAGACCAGCGUAUAGAUUUGUGCAAUGUCAAGACAAAAAGCAACGUGGACGAUGAUCACAACACAACCAACAACACAGAAGGGGUCACGCCCCGGAUCUCUGAACUGAUGACGGACAGUAGCACAGAAAAACAAAACAUUGUUCCCACAGAGGCCUCUGAGACGUACCUGAUGCCUCAGCUCACUGACAACCUUCAGGCAGCUGAGGAGGACAACCACCAGGCACAAGACACACUGGAAAUUGAUGAGGUCAAUGGAAAUAGCAAGAGCAGUGCUCAAGAUACCCCUGCGGUGGUGAAUCCUACUGACUUGAUCUUUUCUAAUGAUGAGCAGCACAAGGACGAUAUUGGGCUGGAGAAAAUGAAGGAAAAUAAGGAUCCUGCAACGUUUGUUGUGGAAGAGGGGGAUGAUGGUGGGGACAUGGACAUAGGUGUGGAUCUGAGUCUCGAUGAGAGUGGGAUGUUGGAGGCUGAAUCGACUAAUGUCAGAUCAUUCUCAGACAAUACUUUAGAAUCAGAGUCCACGUCUCAGGAUGUCCCAGCUGGCAGUGAGCCAGAGAGACCAUCAGAUGUAAGCCAGACAGGCAGCACAGAAGCUUCUGCUACAGACCAGGCUGGACUGUACCCUUCAGUGGAGGAGGGGGACGAUAAACACAAACCAAGUGGCAAAAGGGUCACAUUUCCCUCAGAUGAGGAUAUUAUCUCUGGAGCAGUGGAGCCCAAGGACCCUUGGAGACAUGCUCAGAAUGUGACAGUGGAGGAGAUCCUCUCUUCCUACAAACAAGCCUGUCAGAAACUCAACUGUAAACCCAUAGCCAAAGUGCUCAAACAGAUACAGGAACUGAAAGACCUGACUCAGCGAAAUGAAUGCUUAGAUCUAAAAGGUGAGAAGCUUGACUACAAAGCAUGCGAAUCUCUGGAGGAGAUUUUGAAGAGGGUCCAGUUUAAAGUGGUAGACCUGGAGCAGACCAACCUGGAUGAAGAUGGUGCAUCGGCUCUGUUUGACAUGAUCGAGUACUAUGAGUCCGCCACACAUCUCAAUAUCUCCUUCAACAAGCACAUUGGCACACGGGGAUGGCAGGCCGCAGCUCACAUGAUGAGGAAGACGAGCUCUCUACAGUAUCUUGAUGCCCGUAACACUCCUCUGCUGGACCACUCGGCUCCCUUUGUAGCACGAGCACUCAGGAUCAGCGGCAGCUUGGCAGUCCUCCACCUGGAGAAUGCUGGUCUGUCUGGCAGACCGCUCAUGUUACUGGCUACAGCUCUGAAGAUGAAUAUGAACCUGCGGGAGUUGUACCUGGCAGACAACAAGCUCAACGGCCUGCAGGACUCAGCCCAACUCGGCAACUUGCUUAAGUUCAAUUACAACAUUCAGAUCCUGGACCUACGCAACAACCACAUCCUAGACUCUGGUUUGGCCUACGUGUGCGAAGGACUAAAAGAGCAGAGGAAAGGCCUCGUCACUUUGGUGCUAUGGAACAAUCAGCUCACACACAAUGGCAUGGGCUACCUCGCUGCUGCACUGCCAUGCACCCAGAGUCUGGAGACUCUGAACCUCGGCCAUAACUCUGUGGGUAAUGAAGGGGUCCACAAACUGAAAGACGGACUGAUUGCCAACCGCUCUGUGCUUAGACUGGGCCUCGCUUCCACCAAACUGUCCUGCGAAGGAGCUGUAGCUGUGGCUGAAUUCAUUGCUGAGAGCCCCAGACUGCUGCGUCUGGACCUUCGAGAGAAUGAGAUCAAGACAGGCGGACUGAUGGCGCUGUCACUAGCCCUAAAAGUCAACACCUCUCUGCUGCGUCUUGACCUUGAUCGGGAGCCCAAGAAAGAAACUGUAAAGAGCUUCAUUGAGACUCAGCGCGCCCUGCUGGCUGAGAUCCAGAAUGGCUGCAAGAGGAACUUCAUCCUGGCUAAGGAGAAGGAGGAAACAGAGCAGAAGAUGAGGCAGUCAGCAUCUAUGGCCGAAAUCGCCACAGAGGAUGGGACCAGAGAAGAAGAGGAGGAGGAACCAGCACCAGAGCAGAAAGGGCCCAAAGAGGGGAAAGAGGGAGAAGAAGGAGGUGAAACAGCAGGAACAGAAGAACAGACAAGCAGCCAGUCAAGAGAGAGCACUGAGACAAGCGCUCCUCAAAUGAUUCUGGAGUCAGACUCAGACACUGAGGAGGAGGAGGAAGUGGUAACAAACUCCUCUUCCACAUCAAACUCCACCACUCUCUCAAACCAGACCGCUCCUCAAACACAGACGGGGGUUGCACAGCCUCUUCUCAGUGCCUCACAUACGUCCUCACCCCCGUCUGCCUCGCCUGCUGGUGGGCAGAGUGUCAUUUCUGGCAUCACCGUCACAGAAUCCACAGCUCCUCCCGGCACCCCUCCUUCUCCAGGUCGCUGUAUAUCUGUCUCUAGUCCAGGGAGGGGCCACAAGAUCUUCAUGGUAACUCGGGUGGAGAGCCCCCCCGAGCAGCAGCAGCAGCAGCAGCAGCAGCAGCAGCAGCAGCAGCAGCAGCAGCAGCAGCAGCAGCAGCAGCAGCAGCUACAGUUCAAGAUGAGUGCACCUGCCGCUCCCAGCAAGGCUAAAGAGGCUUCAAAGACACCUGUAGAUGUAAAUACACCCGCAACACAGCAGACACAGCCGCCGACCUCAUCUCAAACACAAACACGUCUGACACAGGAGGAUGUGAAGGAGAACUCACCUGCUCUGUCAGAAGACUGUAAACUGACAGAGCAGACUCCUGUAGCACACUCGCUAGAGUCUGCACUAAAUACUACAAUAGAGCCACAGUCUACAAGUGAACCUACAGAGGAUGUCACAGCUCGUACUUUAGAUCCAGAAGUGACAGAUCCGAGUCAACAAACACCAGCCCUGCCUUCAAAUUCCGUCAAAUCUGUGCAGGCGUCAGCAGUUCAGCUGACUGAGGAGGUAACAGAGAGCGCUGAAAGACCCCAACCUGAGUUAAAAUGUGUGGAAGAAAAGAGGGAAGGAGAGGAGGGAGGUUGUGUUGAACAUGAGAGACAGGUGAGCACAGAGUGUGAACAGUUGGACGAACUGAGUCAAACCCAGACUGAUAUCCCUUCAGCACAAGCGCAGCAGCAACCGUUAACAUCGACUCAUGAACAGCUACAAGACGAGCUAGCAUGUGCAUCAGAGGAGAGCCAGUCGCCCAUCCAAAUAGAGGAAGAAGAUGAGCAACUUACACUGCAGGAGAUACAGGAAAUGCCAGCCAACUUGUCAGGAAAUGAAAAACACAGUUUAACAGAGAGAGAGGACAGCCAGUCAAGCCAAGAGGGACCAUGUCCAAAGCAGCAAACAGAAGCAGAUGAACAGGCAGUGGAGCCCCUUGUCUCUGUGCAGACUGAUCAACAGGAAUCUGUCACUCAGGCUGGAGCUCAGGAGUCAAAUCUUCAAACUGGAGAAGCCCCAAAGAGUCCCAAACCUGCCACAACUGAGUCCGUCAAAGAGGAGGAUUCACCCGAUGAGAGCUCUGCAGAUGAAGGCGAGUGUUUCGCAGAUGCUCAGGAGGAGGUUGUCAAUUCAGCUCUGCCCAACGGCCUGAAGCCUGAGUUCUCCCUCCAUCUUCUUGAGGCCGAAAGCCCCAAGCCCGGCAGCUGUGUGAUGGAGCACGUGAGUGUCAGCUGUGGACAAGACCUGGAGGAGCUGCUGCUAGAAGCCAGUUUGGAGACGGGGAGAGACGCACCAUGAGGUUGUGGGCACUCUGAUAGUUUGUAUGGCUCUGCUACAACAUGACUGGUUGCCCUACAAUGUUUUUGUCACUUCUUUGACUUCACCACCAACACGACCUUUCCAUAAAGGACAGAAGACCUGGCGUUACAAUAGAAGCUCUAAACA